AGAAAAGAAAAAUCCAGAUUUGCUUAAGUUUGGUGACAAAAUGCCAAAUUUGGAAGAAGCCACGAAACUAUCAAUUGAUAAUCUAAAGACAGAGAUCAACAACCUCAGAGACAAAGUUACUAAAGUAUCUAAACAGGUUAUGAACGCUGACGUUCAAAUAAGAGAACAAAUGGAAGAAUUCCUAAAGAUUGCCGAAGAGGAUGUUGUCGAUGUUGCUAAGGAUAUAGAAGCCCUCGAAGCAGUCCGCGUGGAUUUAGCAGAGUUUCUGUGCGAAGAUAAAGCAACUUUUAAGCUAGAAGAAUGUUUCAAGGUUUUCCAGAAUUUUUGUCAUAAAUUCAAAACAGCGAUUGAGGAGAACGAGCGUCGUCGCCAGCAGGAGAAGAAGGCGGAAGCCAGGCGUAGACAACGGGAGGAACAGUUGGCCUUGAAGAGGCGAAGUUCUGGAGCGUCCGAUUUGCGCCCUAGCUCUAUGUCUGGAAGUGAGAGCGACAAUCAUAUAAUGGACACUCUUCUUGGAGACAUCCGGAAUGGAUUUUCUCAAAACCGCCUUGGUGACAACAAGUUCAAAGUUCAUAAAGUCAAAAAGACUACCUUAGAUCAUUCUUCAGAUCUUAAUCGACUCAACAGUCUAAACAGUAGCUUGCCAUCAGAAGAAGAGUACAUGAGUUCUCCGAGAGUGGUCCGGCGUCGUAUUGGUUCUAUUACAUCAAUAACCAAUGGUCAAGAUAAUAUAGACACUGGAGAAUUAUCUGACGUUACCCCUACUGGCAGUCUUCGGAGGAGAAGAAGCCGCCUUUCUUCUGAAGAUCAAGAUGUUGAACUUAUAGAUUACCUAAAACAUACCUCUGAGCUAGAGGCCAAAGAUCGCAAGUCUUUGGGAAGCAUAGAUGGUGGAUCUUUGGACAGAUCUUUGCUCCGGCGAUCUGGAAGACGAAGACGCCAGGAUUUUUUGGCUGUCGAGCUGAACGAAAGAGAACGCCCAGCAUCACCAAUUUCUCCGACUAUGGAAAGAGCCAUGACUAUACAAGAGAAUAAUACAGAAGUAAAACCAAAACAAUGGCGAAGAAAAAUCGAAGAAUGGUUACAAGAAAAUGAAAGAGAAGAGGAAAAGGAAAAAAAGUUAAAGGAUCGAUUGGUUCUUGAACGACGAAGACGACAAGAAUUAGAACAGAGGGAGUCUGACAUAGGCCUUUAUGGUCCAGAAAAGGUUGAUGAUGACAGCCGACCUUCAAAUCUAGGAACUCUUCACGAAGCUAAGACUGAUUCUGAAAUGUACACCAAAAAACUUAAAAAUUCAAUGCCCGACACAGAUAUAGAAAAAGUUAUGGAAACUGUGGAAAGUGCUCAAGUGAAAGACAAAUCUAGAUGGAGAAAAAGUACCUUAAAUGUGGCCAAUAGUUUCGAGUCAGUGGAUGACGAUCGUCGAAAAUAUCGCAGUCGGCGGUCUACAAAUUCUUUGGAUGGUUCAAAGAGCAGUUUGGGUAAAGAAAGCAGUAAUGAAACUUUAACGCUGUAUGUCAGAAGACCAUCGGCUGAUUCCGAAUUGGGUAAAGAUGUUGUCUCCUCAUUCCAGACCGGUCUGGAAUCCAAGGUACCCAUACAAGUGCAACAAAACAUUUCAAAUGGGAUGACCAGAAAUGACACAUCAUCUAAUAAUACGGAGAAAGAAGAUAUGAAAAAUGCAGUACCAAGAACUCGGCAGAGUCUCAGAGAACCCUUACCUGAAGAAGCAAUCAACAGCAAUAUUCAAAGUUAUACAGAAAAUCCCUUAAUCAGUCCAACUUCAGAGAAAACGCCUGACUUUACACAGUCUGACCUUAUUUCAAGUGCGCGAGUUGCUGAACCUGUACAAGACCUUAUGUCACAAAAUCAUAUGGAUGGAGACAUUAGUAACGAGAGAAGCCUUGUAAUACCUAAUGAUCCUGUAUCAAAAAUUGCACCACCGAGAAGAAAUAGGCUUUACACGAGCAUGAGAGAAUCCAUUCCAAAAUCCAAACCAUCUAAUGUUGUGAAAUCUGCAGAAGAUGAUUUAGCAACAGUCUAUAAGCCAAGAAGGCAACAUGAAACUGAGGAGGUCAGUAGAUUUGAAAAAUCAGAUAUUGAUAUAAAUCUAGAUAAGCCUGAGAAGGAGUCCCAGAAGUUUAAUCAAUAUUUAAACACAAAACAUGAAGAAUCAUGCGAGAAUAAAGACUUAAUGACACAAGAAGAAUGCGAUUUAGAAGGUGAAGGAAAUUUUGAUCGCUUUUCUUUGAUACGAAAAACCACAAGAAGAAGUCGUCCAAACCAAAAGAAUCUUGGAAAUGGAAAGGCUAAACAAUCUAAAGAUGAUUAUGAACAGGAUAAAACAGUAAAAACUGACUACCGGUCAGUUGAAGCCCAAGGCAGUGACCAAGAUUUUAUUGAAGGGGCAUUGAAAGAUAUAAGUUUGGCAAGUCAAGAAAUCCAACAACUGAAUUAUUUUACCAAUCCUAGACCUAAACACGAUAACAUUGAGGAACAAGAUAUCAAAUCACGAGAAAAUAAAACUCAAGACGAUCUUUUAGACGGUAAAAAGAAAUCCACGUCACUUCGCGCUAGAUUAGCCAAACGUUGGAGUUCUCUUACCGAAAACUUUAAGAAGACUCCUGAAGCAGGAGCAAAGCAAGCUCCAACUGGAGAGAUAGUUCCAGAACCUUCCUCUAAUGUCAGUAGAGCAAAUAGCGACUUUACUACAGAGAGACCAGAUGAAACAGUUUGCCAGUCUAAUGUUGAAAUGAUCCCCAGCUCUCCAGUAAACCAAGAAGCAAAAGUGGUUCCACUAACAAAAGAUGUAGUUGAUGGUACAACUAUAGAAAGUCUUCAAGAAGACAAACAUCAAAAAGGGACGUACUCUCGUCCUAAUCCAAUACGGAUUCAAACACCUGUCACUGAAUCGACAAACAGGCCAUUGCAGGUAAGAAACCCAAGCUUGCUGCCUGACCAAAAAUGCCUAGAUACACAAAGCAGCUCUACCGAACGGACACAAGUAAGUGAGGACCAUCUUCAUACAAGAAGAGGUCAUACACCACUUAGUUCAUCGCCAAUGUUUAAGAGGAAGAAUACAGAAGAACACGAACACGAUGAAGGAUUUGAAGAAACACAAUCUCUUGUAAGUGAGACGUUAUCUCAAGGUGCGUCCUCUGCAGGAGCUUAUGACACGGACCUGGUGGAUUCACCAAGAAGUCUGAGACAGAUUGUACCUAACAGCUUAUCGGAGGAACCAGAAAAUACUUUUAAGAAGUGUGAAUAUAAUACCUUACCAAAAAUCACAGUUCCUAAAACAUCCAUGGCUGAAAAAUCUAAAAAUGUGGAAAAAAUGAAGCCACAAAUUAAAAAUUUAGGAAAACGAAUGCAGUCUGUAAAAACACCUGUUAACAGUUUCGAAAGAUCAAGUAGCAGCCAACUAUCGGCAAGAAGUAGCUUGGGCAAACAAGGCAUUCAGCCUUCUAUUAGAAGUUCGACCCGUAGUGUUGCUGGGAGAAUUCAGAGAACAGAAAGUCAUUCUUCAACAACAUCAGACACAAAGAAAACCUCUCGAGGCCCACAAUCAACUUCGAAAGCUAGCUCAAGAACUAGCCUAGGAAGCUCCAAAAGUAGCUUAACAGGAGAAUCGGUGCUGCCAAAAUCGAGAACAAGAAUUCGGGAAGGAAGCCAAAGAAAAGAUGAAUCAACAAUUACAAAAGACAAAGUCGGUGGUUAUUCAAAAACCAUCAAAAAUAUAACCCAGAACGUGGCUAGGGCAAGGGGUAUGUCGGACAGUUAUAAUGUAUCUCCGUCAACACGUCCAAAUGCAGAAAGCAAAAAGGUCCUGAAUGCCCCAUCAAGAUCUAGUUCUUCAGUAAACAGGUCAGUUUCUCCAAGUUCUCGGUCCAGCGAACAAUCCUUAUCUCGAAGAUCCAGUGAAAGGUCGUUGACCUUAUCCAAAUCUAGCGAAUUGUCAGUGGCCACUGUCAAGGCUGCUUCUCAGGUAAGCACUCCAAACCAACAGCUUUCCAACACUCCAUCUAGAGCUGUGAGAAAAGAAGUGUCUUCUGUUCCUAGAGAAAGGCAUGGUCAAAGCGAUUCAGUUGUGAAACGAACCUCUUCCAUUACCAGAAAUGGUGCAGUGUCAGGUAAGCAACCAACAGCUGGAACCGCCCGAAAAGAUACGUCACAAUCCAAAAGAUUUGGCUUUAUGAAAGCUACGUCAGCUUCAUCUGCUAAAGGAAAGCCGGGCCUUACAGAGAAACCUGAACCACAAGUUCAACGAGUGCGGGUCACAGCGUCACAGAUAAGUCCCUCCAGGACAAGGAUGGUGUCAGCUACUAGUAAGAGACAAACUAAGUGAUCAUGAGUACAAAAGAAUCCUGUAACAGCGUAGCAGCCAAACGUUUUUCGAAAUAAGAAUCACGCUCAACCAGCAGCAAGGCGCUGAAGGCGAGAGUGUAUUCAGAAUAUACAAUAAAACUAACGACGUUGAACUGUCUAAAACCAAGAAAGAAUGACGACCUUUUACAUUAUGUGACUAAUGACGUCAAAGCGUUGCUGUGUCCAGUUUUUAACUGCUACAGUCUACCUCUGUCCAGUUUGACUUGUUCAUCUCACAUGAGCGUUCUUUUGAAUUAAACAUUAUUUUUUUAACGUUUUCAAUAUGUGUUCAAAGGUGGUUGCAUGGACUUUUAAUUUCGUGAGAUUUUAGGACUAUUGACUUGUUUCUUUGUGCUAAACAACAAAUCCAGAACGUCUGUCUGGAUGUAUAUUACUCUUCGAGAAAAGAGCAGAAUUGUUAUCUUUUGGGGACUUAAUGCUUCCUGGUGCUAUAUUUGUUUAUUAAAUAACAUAUUUGGAAAGGAUAUGACAAUUUCAAAUAGGCUUCUUUACGAGAUUAUUUGAAGUUAUUCUGUUUUUAAAGCAUACCAAAAAGCUUUUUAAAACAAUAAGUAGAGCUUAAAUAUAUCUUUCAUUAAAAUGCAGGGUCAAUGUUUAGGUUAGUUCGCUACUAAUAUGUGUUGCCACUAUCGUUAGAGAACAAUACACUGUUUUCAGACGUUUCGUGCAAGAUCAGGCACGAAGAGUACGUUUAAAAACUUCUUAAUGACGUCAUAGAAAACGGGUAUGGCGCCCUCUUGUUUUCAGAAAUCGCAAGUUCUAGUGAAAACUAAAGUGUUACACUUUCUUAUGAGACAACGAAACGUUUCUUUUAACACUUUCACUCAUUACUUUAUCUUUUCUAAUUAUCUUUGUUCCCAGAUUGUGUAAUCACAGUUUAUACCAUACAAAGAAGAAAGUUUUACAAACUAGGGAUAAAGUUUUAGAAAAUACGCAGAAAGUGGUAAAUGACGACGAGCGUCUGUUUCACCGAAGCGCCAAUCAACAUGAGUAUGAAACGUGAUUCGCUGUUAAGCAGAAGGGGUUUGCCUCGAACUUUAUCACUAUUUCUAAAGGUUAGCAUUAGAAAUAGUGAUGUUUGGAACUCUUUGAUCCAACGUGUCAUUUCUACUGACGUUCAAGUUGCGACUUUGGAAAAAAAAAAUAUUUUCCAAGAUUAUCUUGUGGAAUAUAUCCAACUUUUACAGCCGGGUCUUAGCCUUAAAGAUUCGGAGAAAGAUCGUAAUCCAAGAAUAAUGUUUCGAAAACGUUUAGAAACAGACUAGAUGUGGUUAAGAUUUGUUUAAAAAUUAAUAUUUUGUUAAGCCUACAAUUACACUAAAUCCAAUGGUUACAUUAUUUGUAUUAAUGCUAACAGAUUUUGUUAUUGUCGUGUACUAGAGGAACUGCACCGUGUAUUAAAUUUACACCUUGUCUGUA